AUGGCCCUCAGAUUGCGCAACUCUUCCCGAGCAUGGAGCUCCAUCAAGCCCAUCACCCGUGCUGCCGUCGGUAGCCGGGCAUAUUCCUCAGCUGAGCCGGAUCUCAAGGCCACCCUGAAGGAGGUCAUCCCCGCCAAACGCGAGCUCCUCAAGAAGGUCAAGGCCCAUUCGGACAAGGUCAUCGGCGAGGUCAAGGUUGAGAACACACUCGGCGGCAUGCGCGGCCUCAAGGCCAUGGUCUGGGAGGGAUCCGUCCUCGACGCCAACGAGGGCAUCCGCUUCCACGGCCGUACAAUCAAGGACUGCCAGCAGGAGCUGCCCAAGGGCAAGACUGGCACCGAGAUGCUCCCCGAGGCCAUGUUCUGGCUGCUGCUCACCGGCAAGGUCCCCUCGACCAACCAGGUCCGCGUCUUCUCCCGCGAGCUCGCCGAGAAGGCCAAGCUGCCUGCCUUUGUCAACCAGAUGCUUGACAACUUCCCGACCGACCUGCACCCCAUGACCCAAUUUGCCAUGGCCGUCUCCGCCCUCAACUACAACUCCAAGUUUGCCAAGGCCUACGAGGCCGGUCUGAACAAGGCCGACUACUGGGAGCCCACCUUUGACGACAGCAUUGAGCUGCUCGCCAAGCUGCCCACCAUUGCCGCCAAAAUCUACCAGAACGCCUACCGCGGCGGCGGCGCUCUCCUUGCCGAGGUUGACCUCGGAGAAGAUUGGUCCUACAACUUUGCUGCCAUGCUGGGCAAGGGCGGCAAGGAGAACGAGAGCUUCCAGGACCUGCUCCGACUCUACCUCGCCCUUCACGGUGACCACGAGGGAGGCAACGUCUCUGCCCACGCCACCCACCUGGUCGGAAGCGCUCUCUCCGAUCCUUUCCUCUCCUACAGUGCUGGUCUCCAGGGUCUGGCCGGACCUCUCCACGGUCUGGCUGCUCAGGAGGUUCUCCGCUGGAUCAUCCAGAUGAAGGAGGCCAUCCCCUCCUCUUACACCGACCAGGAUGUCCACGACUACCUCUGGUCCACCCUCAACUCAGGCCGCGUCGUCCCUGGCUACGGCCACGCCGUCCUCCGCAAGCCCGACCCUCGUUUCGAGGCCCUCAUGACCUAUGCCGCCUCCCGCCCCGAGAUCGCCAGCGACCCCGUCUUCCAGCUCGUCGAGCGCAACAGCCGCAUCGCCCCCGAGGUGCUCAAGAAGCACGGCAAGACCAAGAACCCCUACCCCAACGUCGACUCCAGCUCCGGCGUCCUCUUCCACCACUACGGCUUCCACGAGACCCUCUACUACACCGCCACCUUUGGUGUCUCCCGCGGUCUCGGACCCCUCGCGCAGCUCAUCUGGGACCGCGCGCUUGGUCUGCCCAUUGAGCGACCCAAGAGCAUCAACCUCGAGGGUAUCCUCAAGCAGGUCGAGGGUCAGUAG